ACAAGGGUGAGCAAGGGUGAACAAGGGAGAACAAGGGUGAGCAAGGGUGAGCAAGGGUGAGCAAGGGAGAACAAGGGUGAGCAAGGGAGAACAAGGGUGAGCAAGGGAGAACAAGGGAGAACAAGGGUGAACAAGGGAGAACAAGGGUGAGCACUUAGGGUGAGAACUUAAUCCACAGCUGUAAGUGAUGUGACAGAAGCCGUUAAACACGACUUUGUUUGAUUUAUAAAAAAGAAGAGCACCGUCGCAAAAAGAUGAUGAAGUCAUAUUGAUUCAAUCCUAAAUAGUGCAGAGAGACCUAGCUAAAUUAUAGAAAGGAAAUAGGUCAAGUUUAAAGGGUUAAGCUCUCAUCUACCAGUGUGUUCACUAACGAUUGAUAAUUGUUUUUUCUUGUAUACGCUCAUUGCAUUGUACUAAGACACUCUUCAUAUGCAAAUAUGAGAUCGACCUAUUCCAAUAAUUGGAUACCCUCUAGAAAAAACAACAAUAAUAUGCCGUACUAAAUUUUGUGAAAAAGAUAACAAGUCGCUUUUGAACCUGCGUGUUGAAAUUAAACAACUUGAAAAGUGACGGGAAAACGAGAAUUAUUGAAUCAGCUGCUAAUGCUAAGUAAACUUUAGGUAUGAAUUCACUGAGGCUGCACUCAAACGCCGCGAGAAUCUGUCAAAUGUGACAUCGCGAUCUUUGCAAACAUCGUUCUUUAAAAGUGCACGAAAUCUCACGAUUACGAUAGUUUGGCGGUUAAGGGAGCUCACUAAGAAACCAAAAACCAGGAUUAUCCGCGACUUCCUCCUACACUUGUACCGUUACCAGAUGACCGAGGCUCUGGCUAGAUACACAAAGGAAAAAUCAACACGAAGUACAAAAAGGAGGAUUCAACGAAGAACACCAGAGCGCCAUAUCAAGGAGCAUACUCACAACACGUGACAAACUGAAAACAUGCGCAUUCGUGUGUCAUCAUGAUGGACAACUUUGCCAACGCGACGCAUGGCACCCCGACCUCGCCCAAGUCCUCGCUUAGCGAGCUAUCCAUCGUGGCUCUCGCGAGCGUCAUGGUCUUGAGCGUGUUCGGAAACAGCCUCGUUUUGGUGGCCUUCAAGCGCUAUCGGAGACUACGCACUGUAACCAACUACUUCUUGGUUUCGCUAGCAGCCGCUGACCUGCUAGUAUCAAUGCUAACAAUGCCCUGCUGGCUUACAAUACGGGUUCUAGAAAUUUCCGAGGCACCUCGUGGGAACCCCAAUCACGUGGUUCCUUACUAUAUAUGGCAGUACGUCGAAAUCCUGGGUAGCACCGCGUCGAUAACGAGCCUUUGUGUCAUAGGGUACGACCGGCAUCUCGCAAUAAGUGCCCCUCUGACGUAUCACGCGCGUAUGACGUCACGUCGUGCUCUCGUGGCGAUCACGUGCUGCUGGGUUUACGCCGCGUGCUGCGCCGCCCUGUCGUUCGUGAACAUCAGUCCCUCCAUUCAGCCUACGUCCGGGAUAUUCUAUGCCUGGUUCAUCUCUCUGGCGGCGUUUUUCAUGCCCUUGGUCAUCAUUCUCUCAUUCUAUUGUCGUAUUUUCAUAAUUGCCGUCGGCCAAGCCAAGAAAUUAUCCAAGGAACCGUAUGUCUAUGGCACUGAGAAGGAACGCCGGUCGGUGUUUCGACGAGAGCUAAAAAUAACUAAGACACUAGCUGUUGUGAUUGGCGCGUUCGUGGUUUGCUGGGCGCCGUUUUUUACUAUCAUCAUAAGGUUUGCGCUAUGCAGCCCGCAUUGUACCACGGACCCCGCCUUGAUAUCUGUCAGUAAGUGGUUGCAUUACUGCAGCACGUUCAUUAACCCAAUCAUCUACACGCUCUUAACUAGAGGCUUUCGCCGCGCAUUUACACGGGUGCUGUGGUGCCGGUGCGGGAGGGAGAAAAGAAGGAAGCGCAGUGGAAAGCGGAUAAGCCGAACUGCCCUGAUUUCCAUGGAGCGUACGGGACUGCAUCACACGGAACAAACAGGCGUCUGAUUGGAAAGUCAAGGAAGAAGCAAUCUACUUUUAACCCUAUUCAGACCGGGCUUUUUGAGGCUUCCUCUGACCUGGGGGGGGGGGGGGGGGGGGCUCUUUCGGCCCCCCAUCCGUAACUUUUGAACCAUUGGAGCUAUAAUGACCAAAUUUUCAAAGAAUCAUUAUCUGACAAAGAGGAACAAAAUGCUAUAUUGUGUUGCCAUAGUAACACAAUAUGACGUCAUAUAAGGACAUAUGGUUAUAAAUAGCCUACCUUUCGAAACCUUUGCAUAGAACAUCCAAAAUCCAAAUAAGUUAUCAUAAUCAGUUCGGAUUUAAAAAAGCGACCGUUAUUCUUUGUGACGUCACGAUGACGUCACUUAAGUGAGCAGAAACGAGCAUGUUUUUGUUACAUGUGUAUUUCUGUAUGUCUUUUUUCGAUAAUCUUGCAGUAGACAUAUAUUAUUAGUGACACUGUUUCUAUGACAACAAUAUAUGACACCUUUGACGU